AUGCCUAGCUAUGCAGAAUUCUUAAAGGACAUACUAUCAAAUAAAUGCAAGCUAGGGGAUCACGAGACAGUGAUGCUAAUAGAGGAGUGCAGUACUAACAGAGGAGUGCAGCGCCAAAAUUCAGAAAAAGCUCCUACCGAAAUUGAAAGUUCCAGAAAGAAACUUAGCUUAGGAGAGGCUAAAGCAACUACAGUGACACUGCAACUAGCUGAUCAAUCAUUGGCACAUCCUAGGGGAAUAAUAGAUGACGUGCUUUUCAAAGUUGAAAAAUUCAUAUUCCCUGCAGAUUUCCUAAUCUUAGACACGAAAGAAGAUAAGGACAUCCCAUUGAUAAUUGGUAAACCGUUCUUGGCAAUAGGGAAAGCUUUGAUCAAUGUUCAGAAUGGGCAGUUGAUUUCGAGACUGGGAGAAGAGCAGAUCUCGUUUAAUAUCUUAAAGUCAACGCAGUCUGAUUCUGUGGAGACGGAAACAUGUGUAAGAUUUUUGGAUACUAACCCAUCGUAUACAAGCAGAAGGCAUUUUGAAGAGCAUGGGAUAGGACCCACAAAACCACUACCAUUCAUUCAGCAGCUGCUGAAAUUAGAACUUAAGCAACUACUACCACACAUUAGAUAUGCAUACUUGGGAAAGUCUUAUACACUCUUGGUUAUCAUCUCAAACAUAGUCAGUGAAGUAGAAGAGGAGAAACUGCUUCGGGCGCUAAGGGAAACUAAAAUAGCAAUAAGAUGGACUAUAGCAGAUAUAAAAGGGAUCAGUCCUUCACUUUGCAUGCAUAAGAUUCUUAUGGAGGAAAAUUUUCGGCCAACAAUAGAGAGUUAA